AAAGAUCUAUUUAAAAUAGGGGUGUAACGGAUCACAGAUAAUCCAUUCGCAUGGUUGAAUAUUAAACUUUCUGUUCUCUCCGUUUUUGUAGAUUUGUAAAUGUUAUCAGAAACGACAUGUAUUUACAAUUGUGUUUAUGUUCAAAGAUGUGAGUGUAUUAAUUCUUUGAAGUACUUUUUAUGUUUCCUCAAAUAUAAGUUUUAAAGCUUUUCUAAAAAAGUUAUUUUAGGCUUUUAUAUUCUUGUUUUUUUCCGUUUUUUUUAUUUUUAUUUUUUUAACUUUUAACCGAUCCGAACCGUGAGCUUUGUGAUCCGUUACACCCCUAUUCUAAAAUAAAGAUCUAAUUUCUCAAAAACUGCGAUGGUGGGAGCUCGUCUUGAUAGUUGUUCUGAUGCCUCCCCAGCACGCCGUGGUUGUUUUUGUGACCUUAGCGUUCGUCUCGUUGCUGCUGAUUACAUUUCUCAUGUUGUCUCUGGUGUCGCUGUGCAGAAGCAGUUCUGGAAUGAAUACGUGCGAGAGAGCAGCCCCCCCGGCGGUCUGGGGACGGUGCCGGGCGGAGUCCACUCGUUGUACCUGAUCGUGCCGUUGCUGCUGGUUCUGUUCGUCAUCGCCGCCGUGGCUAUAACCGUUUGGCGCUGCCACUCCCGGAAGCCCUCGCAGCGCAUCCCGGGCCUCGGAUACCCGCACCAAAACCAGGCUCUGUCCACGGUUUCCUUGGACCAUUUGGGGAGGGAUCACCAGCACAGGGACCACUCAGAACUCAGCAUCCACAGCUGCCCCGCCUUCAUGGGCCCUGGGAUGACGCCGGGAACAGGAAGCGCGGAAGACCCGCCGCCGUCGUACGAGGAGGCCGUGGGCCACACGGAUGUCCGGAUUGAGACGGAGCUUCCUCCGCAGUACGACGACAUCGUUCACUCCAGUUCCUCCAGAAGCAGCCGCGGGCAAGUCAAGUAGACCAGCCACCCGAACCGAAUCCUCACCUGCACUGACGGUGUCAUAGUUUGGCACUCCUCCUGCUGCCGUACCACCUGCCUUUCACAUCCAACAUCAACCACUUUCACUUUCAUUAGACUCAGACACGUUUUGGUGAACUCUGCACUAACUUUUUUAGAGGUUUCACAGUCCAAAAACAUUCAGCACAUUGUUUGUUCUUUUUUAAGUUGCGUUGAUCUCUUCACGCUGUAGCAGAUCCUUUUAGAACGUUAAAAAAAGAAAUGCAUGAAGCAAAAAACGUUUAUUGUAAGUACUUAUGGGAGUUUUAAAGCUAGGCUGAAGGUCACUGCGCUAAUCUGUUGUUUUAUUCGAUAAUUUAACAUUUUGUACAUACAUUUGAUAUUAAGAGUAAAAAUUCUAAAGUUUCUAAUGUCACGUUUAACUUUUUGAGCAUCUGAGAACCAGUUACGUUUCUUUAACAAAUUGACUUAAACUUUACAAAAGUUAUCCUAAAGAGUAGAAAUUAAUCUUAUAUUGAGCUAAAUUGGAGCCAAUAUUAUUUGAAACCCAAUUAAAACAAAUUAGAAAAAUAUUAGUGUUUGGACAAAAAAAAAAAAUUGUCUACAACUUUUUGUUAUUUUAAGAUAAACGUAACUAUUUU